AUGGCAACCAUAAUGGAGGUGAUCUGGGCAUCAAGGAAUGAGAGCGUUUGGCGCAAUGUGUCGCCAGCCAUUUUGCCGAUGCGUAACAAGGUUCUCACGCUUCAAUCUACUUGGCAAGAAACGUUCAGCAGCAUCGUACGAGAGGGGACAGCCACAACCGCAGCUGCUUGGAAGCCACCACCGAGGGGAAAUCUUAAAUGUAAUGUUGACGCUGCUAUCUUCUCAGGUGGAGCUGGUUUCAGCGCGGUGCUCCGUGAUCACACCGGCAGUUUUGUGGCGGCGAAGAGUGGCCAUGUUGUGGGCAUUCAAGAUCCUUUCAUAGCAGAGCUGAUCGCGGCAAAGGAGGCCCUAACUUGGCUGAAAGGCCUACAGUCCUCAUGCAUUAUUAUUGAAUCCGAUUGUUUAAAUUUUUGUAAUGCUUUCAAUUCUAGUUUUUCAGAUUAUUCGUAUGUAGGGUUACUUGUUAAGCAAUGUUUAUCUAUUGCUAAUGGCAUUGGUGAUGUGAGUGUUCGCCAUGUCAAGAGAUCAACGAACCAAGUGGCUCACGAAUUAGCACGGGCAACUGGUUCUUUGGCUGUUUCAGGAGAGUUGGUUGUUAUCCCGCCAACAUGUAUUUCCGAUUUUUUAAGCUAUUAA